CAAGCCGGGGCCGAGGAGGGGCCGGGCCGCGGGGAGCCGAGGGGAGGUGGGGAUUCUGGGAGCAGAGCUCAUUUCCUCCUCCUGGCCGCCCCUCACCCGCACCCGAUCUCCACGUGCGCGCGGGGCAGAGCGCUGCGGGACGAUGCUGGGCAUGUACGUGCCGGACAGGUUCGCCCUCAAGUCGUCCCGGGUCCAGGACGGGAUGGGGCUCUACACCGCCCGCCGCGUGCGCAAGUCCCUUCCUCACAACCCUGCUGCAUUGCUUCUUCCAUAUUUACUAAGUGAUGCAUCUCAUAGUGGAGAAUUAUGAUAUAAUGUGGACACCAUUGCAUUUCUUUCUCUGCCUCCUGCUAUGUCAACUGGAGAAAAGUUUGGACCCUUUGCUGGAGAGAAGCGAAUGCCUGAAGAGCUGGAUGAAAACAUGGACUACCGUCUGAUGUGGGAGGUUCGUGGGAACAAGGGAGAAGUUCUAUAUAUUUUGGAUGCUACCAACCCAAGACAUUCCAACUGGCUUCGCUUUGUUCAUGAGGCACCAUCUCAGGAACGGAAGAACCUGGCUGCCAUUCAAGAAGGAGAAAAUAUUUUCUAUCUGGCAGUUGAAGAUAUAGAAACAGAUACAGAGCUCCUGAUUGGCUACCUGGACAGUGACAUGGAGGAAGAGGAAGAGCAGCAGGCUGUGACAGUGACCAAAGAAAGCAAAGUUGACCAUUCUAAAGGACAGUCAGCAGCUGGCAGAAAAGAUCUCCUUGGCUGUAAAGAAGACUAUGCCUGCCCACAGUGUGAAUCCAGUUUUGCCAGUGAGGAGAUUCUUGCAGAGCAUCUCCGGACCUUGCACCAGAAGCCCACAGGGGAGAAAGAAUUUAAAUGCAAGAAGUGCGGGAAGAAGUUCCCAGUUAAGCAGGCUUUACAGAGACAUGUUCUUCAGUGCCCGGUGAGAAGCAGUCUGAAGGAUUCGUCACCAAGUUCUCAGUGCUCUGUUUGCAAUUCUUCCUUCAGUUCAGCAUUGAGUUUUGAGCAGCACCAGGAGGCUUGUCAAGGGGAUGCCAGGUUUGUGUGCAAGGCCAACAGCUGUGGGAAGAGGCUGAAAAGCAAGGAUGCUCUGAAAAGGCACCAGGAAAAUGUCCACACUGAACAUAUGGCUGGUAUAUGGAAAAUGGCCUUUCCCCCUGAUUUAAAGUAUACUGGUGCCUUUCAUAUGAUUGCAAAAGGAGAUCCUAAGAAAAAACUUGUCUGUUCCGUGUGCAGCAAAAAGUACUCCUCUGCAUCAAGCCUCCAGGAGCACAGAAAGAUUCAUGAGAUAUUUGACUGUCAAGAAUGUAUGAAGAAAUUUAUUUCAGCUAAUCAGCUAAAACGUCAUAUGAUCACCCACUCAGAGAAACGGCCCUAUAAUUGUGAGAUCUGUAAUAAGUCUUUCAAGAGACUCGACCAAGUGGGUGCCCACAAAGUGAUACACAGUGAAGAUAAACCUUAUAAAUGCAAGCUUUGUGGAAAGGGAUUUGCUCACAGAAAUGUUUACAGGAACCACAAGAAGACUCACUCCGAGGAGAGACCUUUCCAAUGUGAAGAAUGCAAAGCAUUGUUCCGUACUCCAUUUUCUCUGCAGAGACACCUGUUAAUCCACAACAGUGAGAGGACUUUCAAGUGUCACCACUGUGAUGCCACCUUUAAAAGGAAGGACACGUUGAAUGUCCAUGUCCAGGUGGUCCAUGAAAGACAUAAGAAGUACCGCUGUGAGUUGUGUAACAAGGCAUUUGUUACACCUUCAGUGCUCAGAAGCCAUAAGAAAACACACACAGGAGAAAAGGAGAAAGUCUGCCCAUAUUGCGGCCAGAAGUUUGCCAGCAGUGGGACCCUGAGAGUUCACAUCCGGAGCCACACAGGUGAGCGUCCCUAUCAGUGUCCUUACUGUGAAAAAGGAUUCAGUAAAAAUGAUGGACUGAAGAUGCACAUUCGUACUCACACCAGGGAGAAGCCAUACCAGUGCUCAGAGUGCAGCAAGGCCUUCAGCCAGAAGAGGGGCCUGGAUGAGCACAAGCGGACACACACUGGGGAAAAGCCUUUUCAGUGUGACGUUUGUGACUUGGCUUUUAGCCUGAAGAAAAUGCUGAUCCGACACAAGAUGACGCACAAUCCCAAUCGUCCCAUGGCAGAAUGCCACUUUUGCCAUAAGAAGUUUACAAGGAACGACUACCUCAAAGUGCACAUGGACAAUAUCCACGGUGUGGCUGACAGCUAAUGGUAGCUGCUCAGAAAAGCACCCUGCAGAAGGGCGACUAAUAUAAAUCCCAGAUUUUUCUCACCUCAUCAGCUUAACAGAAAUAAGUAAAAGUAACCCAUUGAUCUCACAGUCUUUAUUAGCCUAUCUUUGGAAUUUAUAGAUAAAUUUGCACAAAGAGAAAUGUUACCAAAAAGUGAUAGAAAUAUAAAACUGUAACUGUAGAUUCUAUUUGUGUUCUGACUGAUAAAAACCAAGAAACGA